UAGAUGACAGAUAUAGACCGUACUUAAUGUCUUAUGGUAAAACCAGAAGUGACUACAUCAAUGCAGUAAUAAUUCCAGGCUAUGCAGUUGAUAGUAAAAUGUUUGUAACACAGUGCCCACUUGUUGAAACUGUAAUUGAUUUUUGGACAAUGAUGUAUGAUCACAGUUCCAGAAUUAUUGUUUUGUUGGAUCCCGCAAAUAAGGGAGCUCCAUUGUGGUUAGAGAAAAAGGAAAUGUUACAGUUUGAUGAUUUCCGUGUUAUCAAAGAAACGGAAAAUGCAAGGGAAGGUAUUCAGCUUACCUUAAACCAUACGAAAAAUAAAGAACAAAUCUCAAUCCAUGUUUUCACUGCUGAGGAUUGGACGAUCAGUAAUGCACCACCAUCACCAGAACAUAUGCUAGAUCUUCUACAGCGUGUACAAAACUGCUGGGAAAUUCAAAAAGUUCCUAUAACUGUAGUUUGUAGUGAUGGCUGUAGUAAGAGUGGGUUAUUUGUUGCAUUGAGAUUGGUUUUGGAAAAAAUACAAAUAGAUGAAGAAAUCGAUAUUUUCCAAGUAGUUAGAGAAAUUCAAACAAGGCGACCAGAAUUCCUAUCGGAAUAUGAUCAGUACGAAUAUUGUUACAAGUGUAUCAAAGACCUAAUAGAAGGGGAUUCUAGUGAUUCGUUGUAUGCAAAUAUUUAACGAUGCCCAUCUAUCUGUGAUAUUUAAGUGGGUUUUUUUCACUGGUCAUUUUACACAAUGAAUGUGUAUUGAUCUCUCACUACUGCAUCAGCAUUUUGAAUUCACAUCUACUUCCAACUAUGACAUACAAAUUGCCAAUUUGAUUUAAAAAACAAACGGAUAAAAUAAACACACACAGGUUUUUGAAUCUAAAGAAUCAAUCAUAUUGGAUAUUAAUUGCUAUAGCAGGAUUGUUGUUUGUGCUGCAAACUUAGUUUCACAUUUAUAUAAGCAAGAGGAUUAAAAUCAUAUGUUAAAUGUCGUUAGAGCUAAGAGAAACGUAUAACUGCCGUUGUAUGAUAUUCUAUAAAAUUCUGGAUGCUUUUUGCAAUGUUCAAGACUUUUGCUAAGUAAACAAUUGUCUCACAAAAAGCAUAAUGUAUCAUCUUGUAUGUAAACAGAAUAGUUUUCUGGUGAUAAAUGAAGGCAAAAAAAUGUGUUUGAUGAUGGAAAACGUGUUUCCCUGAUAUAUCAUUUUAUUGUUUUCGCAAUUUGGCUUCUUAUAGCGGAUUGUUUGUUAGAUGUUUCAUACUUGUUAACUGCAUCUGUUAUUAUCUUCAUCCGUAUACACACACACAUAUAUAGAUAUAUUUGUUACUGUCAUGUGUAUUGUUCUAUUCAUUUUGUUGUAAUCACAUAGUAAUAAUAUUAACACGUCAAUUGUGUGUCAAAAUGAUAAAUAUACAUUGAUUGUUAAGUUUCUGCAAAAAUACCAAACUUUUGUUUGUGUGCAAGUAUAUAAAAACAAUGUGUAUACCAGUAUCAAGUUCUGUUAUAUAACAUAUAAACAAAUAAUAAAUUUGACCUUUUUUUCGUCCGAAAUAUGGAUUAACUAGGGGAAAAUGCAUUUUGUCGGCCGCAGUUUGCAGAAAAAUUUAAACAAAUUAUAUAUACAUGAACUGUCCAAGUGGAGUCUGCAAACCAUUGAAAAGAAAAGACCAUAGAUAUAUAUUUGUUAAUAAUUUCUAAUAAAAAAAAAAAAAAAAACCAAAAAAAAUAGUAAAUUGAAUAUUAAAUUAUACUACCCAUGCAUCUCAUGUUUUAUACUAUGUAUUUCAUCGUAAGUAUUUUGAACCCCCUUAAAAAAAAACGUUAAGAAAUGUCAGACUUUAUGUAUAGUACAUAUUUGAACAGUUCACAACGAUAAUACUAGAGUGACGUUGUUUCUUCAUAUGACAUACAAAUACUAACAUAAUGUGCAUUUAAUCUUUAUCAUGUUUAGAUAUAUUUGAAAUAUGCACAUUUUGUUUUUUAAUUUAAAAUGUAUUCACAUUAGAGUUAGGCUGUAUUCACACUGAGACUCACACAAGUUUGAAACACAUUAAAUUGUAAUUAUAACAUUGAUUUUCAAUUAAUUCCGCACUGAUGCUGGAAACACUCGCAUCUAUUUAUUAACUUUUUAAUAUAGAAUUAGAUAAAUGUCAAACAAUUGAUGUUUUUUUUUCAAAGACGUAAACAAUACGACUUGUGUACACAAAAACAUGUUUCACACGGGGAGUGUGAACGAGAUCUGAUUGUAUAAUAACUAUAUGCCAAAAUGAACCUUUUAUUUAUCAAACGAUUUGGUAAAUGUAUUAAAUGCUGAUACCAUAUUUACUUUUAUCAUUUCAUAUUACUUAAUAAAGAAGAUAUAGCAUGUAAACCUCUUGUUAUGCCUUAUCAGACAUGAUCUUAAUUGAUUUUCGUUUUGCUAAUUUGUAAAC